AUUAUAACUAAAUGAGUGAUAACUUGGCUACGACUUACAAGAAACGAAUAAGUUAUUAAUUAUUUAUCUCAUGAUAUUUUUUUAUAUCUGUUAAAUUGAUAAAAAAAUUGUGAAGUGAAAAAAACGAACUGAAAAUGAUUACGACACUGUAUAUUUUUUUAAUAUUCAGUUUAGUGACAAGUUUAAACACCGUUUGUGGAAGUGACAUAUUUCAUCAAAAAAGUAGGAUAACAUUCCAACCCGACAACCCAUCAAGUUACUUUGGAUAUACUGUAGUUUUAACUAAUUCUGGUCUUCUAGUAGGUGCCCCAAAAGCAACAAGCAGGGUGAAACCCUCAAUAUCGCCAGGAUUAGUGUUUACAUGUCGACUGUCACAACUGAAUACCACGAAUGUGACUUGCUACCCUCUGGGGAUGGAUGAUUCGGACCACGACAAAUCAAUCCGCCGCGUGAUCACAGUGAAAGAUUUCUUCAGAAACGACAUGUGGUUUGGAGCUACCAUCGCAACCGUACCUGAUGGCAAGAUGGUUACCUGUGCCCCAAGAUGGGCAGACCCUUACAAGGACAAGCACUUGUUAGCAAAUGGGGCCUGUUACGUCGAAACGAAGAGACGAGGUCUCACGUUGACGCCUUUGAAAGAUCAGUAUCGCCUUGCAUACAAAACUGACGGUGUAAGAAAAGAAUAUGGCGAGUACGGCACCCACCUCAACUUCUACGCAUACGGUCAAGCUGGGAUGUCCAUCAAGGUUACCGAAAACAACAGCAUCAUCAUUGGUGCUCCUGGGUUGUUGCAGUGGACUGGCGGCAUCAUCGACUAUAGAUACAGCCCGGAUCCAAACAGCGUGUUCUUCAGCAAACAGCCCAUAGCCCAUCCGUAUUUUGCCAAAGAAUUGAGUCCUGAUGAUUAUUUUGGUUACAGCGUUGAGUCUGGCAUUUUCGACAUGAAUGGCUCUACAUUAUACGUAGCGGGGGCGCCGAGAUCCAAAAUGGGCUAUGGACAGGUCCUGAUCUUCGAACCGCCUGCCCGAGAGAUAGACCCUCUAAACGUCAGAGCCAAAGUCCGCGGUCCUCAACUGGGGUCCUAUUUCGGAGCAACUCUUUGCUGUACGGACCUCAAUGGCGAUGGUAGAAGUGACUUACUGGUUGGAGCCCCAAACUACGUGAGGAAAGAUGGAGACAUGCCUUACGACCAAGGAGCUGUCUUCAUUUACUUGGCUAGUGGAGAAUCACCCAGUUUGGAACUAGAAGAUGGAGGAUACGUAUCAGGUGUUGGAGAAAGUGGAGCUCGAUUUGGAAGCGCUAUAGCAGCCCUUGGGGACGUUGAUGGUGAUGGCUAUAAUGAUAUAGCCAUUGGAGCGCCUUGGGAAAACGAUGGUUUAGGAGCUGUGUACAUUUACAAAGGCAGUGCUAAAGGACUGAGGAGUCAGUUCGCACAAAGAAUCACAGCAGAUGAUGCUAAAAGUUUCGGCAUGUCUAUUUCAAGAGGAUUUGAUGUUGAUGGCAAUAAUUGUAGCGAUUUAGCGAUAGGAGCCCACAACAGUGGCACAGCAUAUCUAUACCGCUGCGUACCAACCAUUCAAGUACAUGCCUACAUCAAAGUCCCUGAUGCCAUGAAUUUGCCAAAGAAUGCUACGAGUUUCUCGGCACUCUUUUGCAUUACUGUUCCACCUAAGAAAUCUUGGUCUCAUGUUAAAACUGAUCUAACGGCAAUAAUAACUAUCGACCCUGAAGGCAAUAGAGCUAUGACGGUUGGAGACUCAGAAUAUAGAAUUACUGCCAAACCUGGAAACGAUGUAUGUGAUGAACAAGUUGUUGAAGUCAAACCAACAGCAGACUUGUCGAAACCAAUUUUGAUGAAAAUGGACAUAAAGCAGAAAGCACCAGUGAUAGAUGAAUUGUCAGUUUUCCAUCGAGACGCUGCAAGAUUGUCAGAAAAUUCUACUCUCCACACUUCAUUCCUAAUCCAACUUAUCAGAGAUUGUGGUGAAGAUCUCAUCUGCACUCCUUGGUUGGAGAUGACGUUGGACGCUUUUGAUAGCCAAUAUGUACCAGGGACGAAUCAGUCUCUAGGAGCAAAGAUCACGGUUUUCAACAAAGAGGAACCUGCUUACGGUGCCAAAGUCUACCUUCAGUUGCCUCUACCACCAAAACGGGUCCCUAGUGCCUGCUCAUUAGAUGACCUUAAUAUGACCUGUGAUGUACCAGCGCCUUUGGAAAGAGGGGAUUCGAUUAUAUGGGAUAUAGAACUUGAAUAUAGCAUGAAAGCUGUUGAUGACAAAAUGCUGAAGAUAGUGGCAGAAUUGAAAGAUCCAUUGUACAGGAAUAUUACCGCUGAUAAUGUUAAACAUGUCGAAAUUGCGGUUGUGCCUAUGGCUAGUUUUAGUGUGCACGGGAAAACAUUGCCCAAUGCAACCGUUGCUGUAACAAGAGAGAAGUACAACAAAGCUGAUAAUGUGUCUUUGAUACAUUAUUUUGAGAUUACCAAUCACGGUCCAUCCAAUUGGCAUCGACUACAUGUUUUAUUCAACCUUGCUAAAAAUGUCACACUAGCCAGCCAUAUCAACGGAUGUGAGACAAAUGAUGGCAACCUAACAUGCGCGUGGGCAGUAUCCGCUAAAGCAUCUAAAUCUGUUGCUGUGCCGCUGAAGUACGACUUGGGAAAAUAUGGUCAAUAUUUAGAAGAAGAAACCAAUAUUAAUGUGACUACAACCGUAAUUCUUCUAUCAGAAAAUCCACAGAACUUAUCAAUAACAACAAUGUUAGUACUGGACCCAGCACCACCAAUUUGGCCCCAUAUCGUAGGAUCUAUAGCUGGUCUACUACUUUUGGCUGCAAUAGUCUACGGUUUAUAUAAAUACGGAUUCUUCUCCCGGACGCGUCGUGAUGAACUGAAGAAGCUGCAAGAGACUCCAGACGACAUCCCCGACUGCUCGAGUGGUCCACCUUCGAUAAACGCUGAUGAAUCCACACAAGAGCUUCUAAGUGAUGAUUCCGAUUGAGUACCGUUGCCGAACUAUAAAUAGGGUGGUUUCCAACUAGUCAAAUCAGUUACUUUUUUCUAAUUGUCAAAACACGUCAUAGAAAAACGUGACAAGAUGUCGGACUUAUAAUUUCGUUUUUCUUUAUUAAGAUUCAUAAAUAAGUUAAAUAAAAAAGAAAUCAUUUUUAGUCACCUUUAGAUCUGUCUUUAUUUAGUAAUCACAAUGUCAUAAUUUAUCUUUGAGCUAGGAAAUUAUCCUAUUGGGUAGGUACUUGACAGUUUUCGGAUAAGUAUUUAAAAAAUACAGACGGUUAUUUUAUACCUCUUAAAAUAUUUUAUUAUCUCGAAUAUUUUUUUUUUUGUUUUGGUUUUCCCCGAAGGGUAAGGCAAAGGGAACCAUGCCCAUACAGCCAUGUCUGACGUAUUUUUUUCUUGAUGAUUAAUGAAAUGAUGAAAGGUGAUGAUGAUGAAACCUAAGUCCCCACCCUCGGAGUAGACUCCUACUCCGAACCCCAAACGAAUUAACUCAAAAGUCCGCAUAAACUUUUGAGUUAUGAAGCGGCUUCCCGGCACGAAGCGAAAAUAGGCAGAUACACUUUGUUUAUUGAAUACUCCAAUAUAAUAACACUCGCGAAUGUCUUCCGACUAACUUAAUGCGAUCAUUAACCACAAAACACCACUUCGUAUUAAUUAUUUAGAUUACUCAAUGAAGAAAGCAACUGUCCCGUUCCCGUUUCCCGCCGAAAAGCCCUUAUCUCGAAUAAAUAAAAAUAUAUUUCUCUUCAUUAAUUUCAAAUUUCGCGCGAAAACGGUUGGUCACGUGACAUUUUGCCCGGUGACGUCACAUAUCAGUAAGCAAAGAAACUGUCAAACAGUCUAACUUGAAACCUGACAGAUAGUUUCUGCUUAUUUUGUGAAUUGUGACGUCACAAGAAGUCAAUCAUGGCCGCCCGUGGUUCGAGUCUUGUAAUACACAGAUAAAAAAUCACAUUCUAAUUUUGUAAAAAUAAAACAUUAAAAAAAUGAACUUAAAAAACUAUUGGAUAAUUUUCUCUACUAUAUACGACCGACAUAUUUCAUAUUUUAUUGUUAUAACUGUUAAUUAGCCAAUUAGACUCCCUACUAUCGAUAGUAUUGGUUUUAAUGAUUUAGGUAAUAUAAACAGACUGAUUAAAUUUUAGCUUAGUUCAUUAAUUUAAAUAAUAAUACAUAAUAAAUAAUAAAGUUCUUUAUUUACAGGCAUGUACCUACACCCACUAUUACAAAAUAUGAAUAAAAAGAUAUAUAAGUACAGUACUUAUACAACAAAAUAAAUAAAUAAUAAUGUCGAAUUCAAUAACGUAUACAUAAUAAAAUAUUUUUUGCAAUAACAUCCGUCUUAAAAGUAAAAGAAAUAGCUUGAAAACAAGUUAUGUAAAAUAAACUAUGUAUAUUAUUAAUAAACAAUCUAUUUAUAAAAGAAAUAACUUGAAAACACGGCCAGUCUUUUACUGUGCAAGUUGAGCGUUUAUGGAACUCCUUACCUGCUUCCAUCAGAGUCGCUAACUCUCUUCAGAGCUUCAAAAACCAGUUGCGAGCUCAUUUUGAAUCCUUAUGCGGAUAUUCUUAGGAUGUUACUACUAUGUAUGAUGUAUUUUAUUUGUUUCAAUACCUGUUUUGUAUGUAUUAUUUAUUAUUAUAGUUAGGUAUAUUUUUUAGUAAAUAUGUAUUAUAAUAAUUAUAUUGAGUAUUGAUUAAUAUAUGUACGUAUAAAGUAUUUAUUAUAUAUAUUUAUUAUAUUAA